UUCAAGGUGAUCUUGAAUGAUCUCGCACCUUGUUGCACUGUUUUUGCACGGACCUGGGAAAGUGUUCUCUGUUUUUAGAUUUCAUGUUUGUCUUUCUCACCUCUUUGAGUCUGGCUUUAAAAAUAAGUCAUGUGGCUUUCUAUACAAUGAAAAAGCAUUGUGAAUGUGAAAGUGAAAGUGGAAGUAAAUCACGUAAAUGCUCACGUAGAUUAAGCCUUUUCCUGAGACGUACCUGCGAAAGUGGUAAUUGGAACCAGUCGGGGUCUACAUGGCGGAGAAAGGACAAGGCGACAGCGAGGAGGCCCAGCCUAAGGGAUCAGAGGGGACCACCCCCACUCUUGAGAAAACGGAGAAUGGGAACGCACAGCCAGACAGCCCAGUGAAAAAGGAGAAGAAACUGGGGAUGAUGAAAUCCUUCAGGGAAAGCAUAAGGAGGGUGGGAGAGAAAAGCCCCCUGUCUCCAAACAUCAGCGGGUCAAAGGACAAACUUGGCCCAGACUUUAGAAUGGAUGGGAAUAAUCCUGAAAUAGGGGCACAUGCACCUGUUUCCCCAAGUCUGAGCAUUGGAUCUCCAGUCUCACCAGCAUGGGCCACAGGUGGGCUCUUCAAAAAGGAGGGGGAGAGUGCCGACGACUCACCGGUGGGCCAUAAAACUGCAAGUCACUCCAGAACGCAAUCAGAUUCCUCAGCAAUAAUGGGAGACAGUCUUCUGAAGAUGGGGGCGUCCCUUAGGCACAGUUUUCGCUUUGGGAACAAGAAGGAUAAGGCUUCCAAACAGGGCCAGCUGCAGCCUGUCACUGAGGCCCUGAGUGAGAAGAAACUGGAGGGCCUGAAGGUGGAGGUGGAGGAGGCAUACCAACUUCCAGAGAUCCCCCACACACCACUCUCAGUAAUGCAGAUAAACAAACUGAUCGAGAUGGAGGUGCUGGAGGAGGCUCAUCUGAACCUGCUCUCCCUGCGGGAGGAGCUGAGGAGAGACCAAGAGGGGUGCGGUGAGGAUCAGACCCCCAUGGAACAGGCUAAAAAGGAGAAAGACCUGAGCCUCCUGUAUACUGCCCUGAGGGAAAAGGUGAAGGACAUUGUGAGGGACUCCAACAAGCUGCCAUCCCGAAACAAGGAGCUGCUGGUGCACGUGGCCCGAAUCAUCCAGGAAGAGGAGAAGAGGGAGGAGGACCCUGGCGGCAUGAUUAAGGGCUGGAGGGACAUCUGGAGGGCUGCGGUGCAGGAGGGGGUGCAGGCUAAAAUUGGGAGUGUGCACCUGGACAGCAGGGAGCUAAACAGUUCAUGGCUUGCUGUUCACUUGGGCUUGCUAGGCAAAGCCAUUGUAGAAGACCUGGAGAAUGUGAUAAAUGAACUGAAGGACUCCUAUCCUCCCAGUUUCAAUGUUUUCCCCACCUAUGUGAGCUGCUACCACCAUGCCAUAGGCCAGCACAUAAAAAGAAUCAUGCAGCACAAUUUGGACUCAAAAGACUGCUAUGCUGUAUUGGACUGGAUCAUCAAUCGCUAUGAGAGUGAGAAGAUCAUGGGCAGUCCCACCCUGCAGCCAGAUAUGAGAACAGAGGACAAGGCUCUCUCUUUUGAGGAUGGCUUCCUGGACCAGAUCAAAACAACCUACUGUGACCAUUUACAGGAUGACUUGAGAACUUCUCUGGUGAACGCAAUUAGUAUGCAAUCUGAUGAAAUGUGGAAAGAGAGAAAAAUGCCUGACUUAGAAGGAGACUUCUAUCAUUCUGAAAUGCACAUGGAUAUCAUGACGGUAAUCAAGAGCUUUAUAGUAAAUUCUGGUAGAAUUGGCACAGACCUGGAGAAGAAAGUUGUGAGUGUCUGUUCUAUGGAGCUAAAAGAAUUUCCACAAAGCUUUGAGAGGGAGUACAAUCAAUGGAGUGACACCCUGACAGAUCUAUCACUAAAAGCCACAUAUCAGAUCACUUACAUCAACAGCUUCACAAUCCUGAGGGAGCAGAUGGAGGCGUACAGAGAGAGCUGUCCGCUGCAGGUUGAGGGCUUGGGGAAAGAGAUGAAGGCUGUGGUAAACAGACUCGGUCAGUCCUUGCUGGAGCAGUUUAAAACUGAGAUCAGACCCUUCCUCAGAAGAAUGAUGACCAGGAAGUGGCUUUCCACAGACGAGGACUUUCAGCAGAUUGUGAAAAGCACAACGAACCUGUCCCAACUCUGUAGACGGAUGAAACGGCCAUACGUGCAGGAAUUUGUGAACAAGGUGCACUACCACAUGGUGAAGGAGUACGUCUCUCAGCUGAUGAAGGGCAACUACUCCUGCAAAAACAGGAAGCAUGAGAGAGCAGCUGCCAAAAUGAAGGCGCAGUGGGAAGAGCUGCAGGAUCUCUUUGAGGAACUGAAAUCUACCUCUGACUGGCUCCACCCAGUUGGAGAGCACCUGUGCAACAUCAUUGGACAGAAAAAUAAUAAAGAGAUAAAGAACAACCUAGCCGACCUGGUGAAAGACUAUCCUGACAUCAGCAAGAAGCACCUCUCAGCCGUCCUGUACUUCCGGGGGAUGGCGAGGGGCCGGGAGAGGCAGGUGAUCCUGCAUCGGCUGGCCGAGCUAAAGCGCACUGCGGGACACGCCGGCGACAAGAGCCAAGCUCUCUUCAGUGACAUCCAGGUCGCCGUCAACACUGACUGCCUGGCCAGCGUGCCCCUGUUCUGCCUGCCCCUGUUCUCCUCAGACAAUUAAUUGAGCAUCAUAUGUAUGUGCAUUUGCCAUCCUGUCUUCAGCAAGCCUUUUACACUCCCAAUUAUGAUUCAAGUUCUAAUCCAGCAUGUGGAAGUGUGCUGAUAUGCUGUUUGGCCUUUCAAAUUCUUGUGAGCCAGAGUGAAAAAAAGACUUAACAUGGUGUGCUUAGACAAGUCACAUAGAAGCUUAUGGAAUAUAUCUGAACAUACUCAAUGCUUGUAUUAAAUGAUGAAUAUGAUGAAAAAUUACCUUUCUUGUUAGAGGUUACUAUCAUUUUUAAUGUUACUACUUUUUAAUACUUCUUUUGUGAAGGUUUUUUUUUCAUUUUUCAUCUGGACUGCAAAGGCUAGCAUAAAGAAUGUUUCCUAAUACUGUGACAAUAUUAGGAAACUGUUUGAUAUCUUAUACUGUGUUCAGUAUAAGCUAUCCAACAGUUCUUCAGUAAAUAUCAUGAAUAUUGAAUAUUUAUUGUGGGGAAAGUACCCAUGCAUUACAUCAAUCUGGCUUUCAUUCUGCACAUUAUUAUUAUAAUUAUGGGCAUUAUGUUAUUACUGUGAAUUUUGUGUUGAUGAAUUCAAUAUUUGUAAGGCUUAAUGUGUAAAUAAUUCAAGUUAUCUGCUAUUUUCCUUUUCAGUAAACAUUCUGUCGACAUGGCCAGCUAGUUUUUGAAAUUUAUCAAAUUUUGAGUUUACUGUAGAUAAAAUUCAAAUAAAAUUAUGUUUUAUUAUUUACUGCAUUUUCAUGGCUCAAAUGUGGUAAAUGUGACUUCAAUGUGAUUUAAACAUGUUUUCUUGUACUGCUACUAUUUGUUCCUCAUUGUUCCGUGAACUUUCCCCAGGAUGUCCUUUAAACUAGAAGCAAGGCUAUCCAAGUAGUUGUGUAUAUGUUCAAUAUUUAUUUGUCUCAGUAUGCAAGAAAAAUCUAUUGUAAAUGUAAAACAUGUAAGCCUAUAGAUUAGAGUUUAUUGUAUCUUCUGGCUCAUAGCCUUUCAUAUCAUCAGCAUUUUCAAAUGUCAUUUGAUCUGAUGUGUUUUCAGCAAGACAUUUCAUAAACAUUCUGUUUCAAAUUGUGGAAAUAUUUGGACAACAGGGUGCUAAUAUGCUAACCUGCUUUCAUUUUAACAAAAUUAACUGUGAAACCUAUUAUAAAAUAAACUGGAUCUGUGUUACUGUA